GUUCGGUCUUCAGUCCGCGACGGACUACGAAGCCGUCGACAUCGGGGCGUGUGUGUAUGUACGUGUGUGCGCGCGCGCGCGUGCGUGUGUGUGUGCGUGUGCGUUUUCCGGUUGCCCGGCGUUUCGCCUGUCAUUUACAACGCGGAGCGCUGCUCGAUCGCGAAUCGGUGAUCAUCCUCGGUGUGUCACGUGCAUCAUUUGUGUCAGCGACAUGAUUCGGAGCACUUAAAAGGCUCGCUUGGUGAUACUAGCUAACUACCUGGUGGACGCGACUUGGACGACUGGAUCUGACCUUUCAAUUUCAACGAAAUGGUGUACCACUGGCAGAGUCAAAAUGUCAAAAUCUCCGGGGUGGACGACAUGGUCCUCCUGCCGAAGAUCAACGAGGAUGCCAUCAUCGAAAAUCUCAGAAAGAGAUAUAUGGACGAUUACAUAUUUACUUGCAUCGGACCCGUACUGGUAUCGAUUAAUCCCUUCAAGCAGAUGCCAUACUUCGGAGAGAAGGAAGUCGAAAUAUACCAAGGCGCGGCGCCGUACGAGAACCCACCGCACAUCUACGGACUGGCGGACGAGAUGUACAGGAACAUGCUGAUCGACAACGAAAGUCAUUGCGUCAUUAUUAGUGGUGAAUCGGGCGCUGGAAAAACAGUUACGGCGAAGUACAUAAUGUCCUACGUGGCGAGGGUGAGCGGCGGCGGCAAGAAGGUGCAGAAAGUGAAAGACGUGAUCUUGGAGUCGAAUCCGCUUUUGGAAGCUUUCGGCAACGCGAAGACAGUGAGAAACAAUAACAGCAGUAGAUUUGGAAAAUACGUUGAGAUGCAAUUCGGGCCGGGCGGUCAGCCGAACGGUGGCAAAAUUUCGAAUUUUCUUUUGGAAAAAUCAAGGGUGACUUGCCACAAUCCCGGCGAGCGGAACUUUCAUAUAUUUUAUCAGCUGCCGACGGGUGCCCAUGAGGAAAUGAAAACGGAAUAUGGAUUGACGGACCUCUGUUAUUAUCAGUAUCUGAGUUACGGUGGUAAUUAUAAGGUGGACGGAACAAACGAUGCGCGGGACUUUCAGGAAACCCUUAAAGCGUUGAGAGUUAUGGGAAUAAAAGACGCAGAAAUGACGGAUAUAUUCAGACUGGUAGCUGGAAUUCUUCACGUGGGAAAUAUACAAUUUGUCGAGAGCGGCAAUUACUCGCAGAUUGCCGAUAAACAAUUUCUCGAGUUUCCAGCCUACCUCUUUGGAAUCUCGGCAGAGCAGCUGUCGCAUAAGUUGAUUUCCCGUGAAUUCGAGUCGAAAUGGGGAAAUCAAUCCGAGAGCGUGGACGUGACAUUGAAUGUGGAACAGGCGCUUUAUACGAGGGACGCUUUGGCAAAGGACAUCUACGCUAGGCUUUUCGACUAUUUGGUCAAGAAAGUCAAUUCAGCCAUGGAGACAGACACGGACGGAUAUGAGAUCGGAAUUUUGGACAUAUACGGCUUCGAAAUCUUUGAGAAGAACGGAUUCGAGCAAUUUUGCAUAAAUUUCGUGAACGAGAAGUUACAGCAGAUUUUCAUUGAGCUCACAUUAAAAGCGGAGCAGGAGGAGUACGUUUCCGAGAAUAUCAGAUGGACGCCGAUAGAUUAUUUCAAUAACGCCAUCGUGGUGGAGCUUCUCGAGGGCAAGAGGCCACCUGGCCUCUUCUUGGUUCUCGACGACGUGUGCGCGACGCUGCACGGCGGAAGCACCGGUGCCGACGUCGACUUGAAGAAGAAACUGGCGGGAACGGCUAAGCAGCACGUCCAUUUCCAAGACACCGGUGACGGUUUCGCAAUUCUCCAUUACGCCGGCGUGGUGUCCUACUCUGUCGAUGGAUUCUGCGAUAAGAACCGGGACGUCCUCUUCUUGGACCUAAUCGAGUUGAUGCAGACAAGCAUGAAUCUCUUGGUGCGUGAGCUUUAUCCGCCAGAAAAUGCCGCCGGCAAGACGAAGACUCUUAAGUCUAGGCCGACCACCGCGGGCAGUAAAAUCAGAAAUCAAGCCAGUCGCUUGGUCAGUCAGCUGAUGAAAUGCACGCCGCAUUACAUCCGGUGCAUCAAGCCGAAUGAAACGAAGAAGCCGCGCGAUUGGGAUCAUCUGAGAGUCAAGCAUCAGGUGGAGUAUCUAGGUCUGAAGGAGAACAUCAGAGUGCGGAGAGCCGGCUUCGCCUACAGGAGGCCGUUCGCCAAGUUUCUGCACAGAUACGCGAUUCUCACGAAAGAAACGUGGCCCCGCUGGCCCGGCGACGAGAAGCAGGGCAUCGAGUGGAUAUUGGGGAGCAUUCAUAUCGAUCGAUCGCAGUAUCAGCUCGGUAGAUCGAAGCUCUUUAUCAAGGCGCCCGAAACCCUCUUCAUGCUGGAGGAAGCUCGCGACCGGAAAUACAACAUGUACGCGCGAGUCAUUCAGAAAGCCUUCAAGAAGUAUUUCGCACGGAAGAGGCAGAUGAAGCACCAACAGGAAGCGGCUGAUCUUCUCUUCAGCCAUAAAGAGCGACGACGGGCGAGCAUAAACAGAAACUUUGUCGGCGAUUAUAUAGGGUUGGAGGGCAAGCCGCAGACGAUGGCUCUGAUCGGCAGGCGGGAGAAAGUUUUUUUCGCCGAAGUCGUGAAAAAAUACGACAGAAGAUUCAAGAUGUGCAGAAGGGAUCUCAUCCUCACGGGGAAAUGCAUCUAUUUGAUUGGUCGAGAGCAGAUAAAGAAAGGUGCCGAAAAGGGCAACUCUAUCGAAGUUAUUAAAAGGAGAAUUCCGUUUAAUCAGAUCAGCUACGUAUCGUUAAGCAAGUUACAAGACAAUUUCAUAGCAAUUCACGUGAGGGAGGACUACGCCAGCUUGCUAGAAUCAGUAUUCAAAACGGAGUUUCUAGCCAGCCUCUGCAGGAGGUAUCUGGAAGAUCUCGGUCAUUGUUUAAACGUCAGAUUUGGCAACGAAUUAGAGUUUAAAGUGAAGAAGGAAGGCUGGGGCGGCGGUGGGACGAGGACCGUGAAGUUCAUGCAAACGGAUUACGGCGAUAAAGAGAUUUUAAAAGCGUCCGGCAAAAUUCUCACUGUCAACAUCGGUCCAGGUUUACCGAGCACAGCGAAACCCAAGAUGAACCGAUCGGCGACAUCGUUCGUUCGUUCGCGCAGCUUCUCGAUCCAGAGGCCGAUUCGUCCGGCGGCACCGCCGAUGUGCGAUCUAGCUCCGAUCAUCGCAGCCCAGAAUCAUAAUCAGGCGAUUAUGACCGGGAGACCUCCUCUACGUCCGGUGGCGGCCGUAAGAUCUCUGACUCCUGUAUCGAACGGUAGACCGAACAUUCCACCGAAUCGUCCAAAUCUACAACCUAUACAGUUUCCAAAGGACGUGAGAAAUGGGACGAACAAGCUGCGGGACAAGCAGCUCAAUCCCGGUGCUGGACAGCGUAAGCCGAUCAAAGGUAUACUCAAAUUUCCUCCACCACCCACGGAGCCACCACCACCGAACGAGCCCACGGGAUUCAUACCAUCUCCUGUUAGCGAUGAACAGGUUUCUGAUGAUAAGGUUUCUGAUGAUCAUCUCAAUAAAGGAAUGCAAACGACCCAGGAAUGGAAUAUGAUGCAAAUCAACAACACGUUUGAAAAGAGCAACGAAGAUAGCGCCGCGUAUGCGGUGGCUAACAAAAGGGUGCCUCCCCAGAAACCGGCGCCUCCGAUUUUACCAAAAGUUAAAGCCUUAUACGACUAUGAGCCGCAGGAUCUGGACGAGCUAGGGCUCAAGGAAGGCGACAUCCUAGAAGUACUCAGAGAACAUGAGGGUGGUUGGUGGCACGGAAGAUUGAAAGGGAAGACCGGUCUGUUCCCUUCCAACUAUGUAGAAAAAAUAUGAAUUCCGUAAUCAAUAGCCAACGAAAAAAAUAUUACUAUUAAUUACACGAAACCGAAACGUAAAUUUUAAUAAGUACAAUUGUACCUGUUAUUCGCAAUUUUUGUGCUCCAUAACAUACUUAUUGUUACGCGUUUUUAAUUAAAUAUUAACAGGAAGAGUCUAUUAAUACCAAAGCCAACGAGAAGUCAAAGGAUUUAUCAUUGAAAGAAAACGCGAUAAUUUUGUAAAGAUGGUUCGGUUCGUCAUUUAACAAAGACGAUGGAAAAAUCAAAUAAUGAUGGUUAUGGAAUGAUAGUAUAAUAUUAUCGUUCGAACCUAUAUUUUUGUCUAAACGUCCAAAGAAAUGUUUCUCGUCGCAUUAUUCGAUGAUUAGUUUGGUAAACUUUGUCCGAUGAAAUAUCUCCGUUAUGAGAUUUAAGGAGCAAUAUAUCUGUACAAGAUAUGUCGCUUUUACUGUUAACUAGUGUACGAUAGACAAGUAAUCUGUUUAACUUUUCGUAAUGUACAGCGCGAUCGAUAUAUUUAUAUAUAGUCAACACAUUGUCACGGUUACCAUUGCGGAGGUGACGAGCAGUCAUUAAAAUUGCAUAAGCGAGUAACAUGAUGUAUAUAGCGUCACUGCCAUCACAAGUACAUGCUAAUAAAAUUCUAUCAUCUCUCAA